GAAUCCCUUCGCAUGUGUAAUAAAUUUUCCCCGUUUUGAUUCAGCCAGCAGCGAUACCGCCAGACACACGGCACGGGCUGAGUCAUGAGAGCAACCGCGAGAGUGGCCGCUUGCAUUCUUCCGUCAACAAGCGUACGGUGUAGACCGCAUAAUCAUAGUUCCUCUGAUCGUUCUGCCGAACGAGAAAAAAAAAUCGGUCCUGUUUUACAUUAGAAGUAGUGCGCGAACGACAGUAGGAACCUAUUUGUUGAGGUCCAUUCAUGAAAACCGGGCGGCAGUAAAUUUGACUGAUGACGAUAGCAGUGUCCCAUUUUUGGUGCUAGACUAUUUUAAGUGCAUUGAAAGGUGCUUUGAAAAAACGUGUAGUGAACGUAGAGAGCGUGACGUGCGCGUGAACGGCGUGGCGUGGUUGCGUGAGGACAAAACGACGACAGGAGAGACGGAGAGAGCGUGCGCCUUCAAGGGAAAUAAUCGAUAAAUUUCCUUCCCUAGACUAUGGGAUACGACGAGGUGCUAACCCAUCUGGGUGGGUUUGGCCGAUAUCAGAAGAAAAUCUAUGUGCUGCUCUGCUUGCCGGCUAUCUGUUGUGCAUUCCACAAGUUAGCCGGCGUGUUCCUGUUAGCAACUCCAAACUACCGGUGUAAGCUGCCCUUCGAAGCGAAUAAUGCCACUUAUGAACUGCCGCCAGAUGUGCUGGCAAUGUCGUAUCCAAUGGACACGUUAGCAAAAAAAUAUUCCACCUGUAGCUACUGGGAUGCGAACUUUACUGAAAGCUAUUUUAAUGGUGGCACUCCGGCCAAAGAUACCGUCAACUGUGAUCAUUGGAUUUAUGAUCGAUCCAGAUAUGAGAGCAGUACAGUGACUGAGUGGGAUAUGGUUUGCGAUCGUAGCUGGCUGCGGGCAUCAGCAGACUCCCUGUUCAUGGUUGGUGUUAUGUUAGGAAGUAUCAUCUUCGGAUAUCUUUCCGACAAAUACGGCCGAAAGCCAAUCUUUUUCGCUUCUCUGGUGACCCAGGUAAUUUUUGGUGUACUCGCUGGAUUGGCGCCGGAGUUUUUUACCUACACCAUCGCUAGAAUUCUGGUUGGAGCAACAACCUCUGGAGUAUUUUUAGUAGCUUACGUUAUAGCUAUGGAAAUGGUUGGACCCAAAGACCGUCUCUAUGCUGGCGUAGUUUGUAUGAUGUUCUUCUCCGUCGGAUACAUGUUGACAGCAGCUUUUGCUUAUUUCAUCCAUGACUGGCGUACCUUACAAAUCGCGCUAACGCUGCCAGGAAUUUUGUUUCUGUCCUACUGGUGGUUCAUCCCGGAAUCGUCUCGUUGGUUAAUAUCGAACAACCGACCAACGGAAGCAAUCGUUCUCAUUCAAAAAGUUGCGAAAUCCAACAAAGUAACUGUUCCAGCUGACGUCCUAGACAAACUCAUGGAAGAAGACAAAGUUGCCUUGGAGACGGACAAGAACGAACCGAAGCCCAACCUGCUGGACAUUUUCAAGCAUCCAAAUCUUCGUCGAAAAGCCCUGCUCAUCUUCUUCGAUUGGUUCGUCAACAGUGGAACGUACUACGGCCUCUCUUGGAACACGAACAACCUCGGUGGUAAUCCAUUGUUGAAUUUCGUUAUUAGUGGAGCAGUUGAAAUUCCAGCAUACACCUUUCUACUGCUCACCCUCAAUCGCUGGGGCCGUCGUACGAUACUUUGUGGCUGUAUGAUCUUCGCCGGGACCAUGCUGCUCUCGACCAUGUUCAUUCCGGACAACAUGUCGUGGCUGAUUGUAGUCAUGGCCAUGCUCGGGAAGCUCGCCAUCACCUCAAGCUACGGAACGGUGUAUGUAUUCUCCGCUGAGCAGUUCCCAACGGUCAUUCGAAACGUUGCCCUCGGAGCAGCCUCCACGUCGGCUCGAAUCGGUGGCAUUCUGGCCCCGUACUUCAACCUACUCGGCGACUAUUGGCAACCCCUACCGCUGCUUAUUUUCGGUGCGAUGGCAUUCGCAGGUGGACUGCUGUCAUUGCUGCUGCCGGAAACACACAACCAAAAACUACCGGAAACGAUUGCCGAUGGGGAGAACUUUGGCAAGGUGAAAACGGUACCCGGUGAGUCGGAUCGCGAUCUGGAGAAAAUACCCGAAGAAUUGCAGGGGUUAAAUUCGGCCGCCGCGUCUCCGUCACCGAAUGGUGAAGUUGUGGCGGUUAGUGCGAAUGAGAAAAGAUCACAUCACGGCGCGGAAAUGGACGGCGAAGAUGGAAAAAAUUAAACGUGUGAGAAUUUCGCUAUUCCUGUAGCUUUUAGUACUUGUUCCAUAAGUAUUUGUUAGAUUUAGAUUGAUAGUAUUAGGAAAAGUUACUUAACUCGCUGUAAGUAUACGACUGUAGUUUAACUGAGCGGAGCGAGUGAAGCUUAUCAGAUCAAUCGUAUCGGUUUUGUUUAGCAUAUUAUACGGGGAAAUCACUUUUCCCCUAAUGGCGAUUGGUUGCGAAAUAUCGUACGAUGUUUUUUUGAUGUUUGUUUUCUCGUUUGCAUCACGUUCUUCAUCCGAGAUGCUUGAAGCUGCGUCGCGGCAAUGAUUGGGAAAGAAAAAAUGAAAAUAAUAGUCUAUGUGCUUCUACCUACCCUCCUGCCUGUCUGUCGGUGGUCCCUAGUAACUACCAUUCACCUUUGCUUCAUAGCUCGGACUAUAAUUUUCCCACAUCUGGAGUGGAAUGAAUAACAAUAAACUGGUUUGCGAAACGCGUCAUAAAGGAAGAGCGUUUUUCAGAAUUUCUCUGUGUCCUUUUUUUGGCUCGCGAUAUGAUUAAAUCGGAAAUUCAGAGAUAUCUGAAUUUGGAAACGUUUACAACCGAAUCAGUAGAAGCGUUUUUUUUUCUAAUUUCCAUGUUUAGAAUCAGUAUCAAAAUAAAUUGUCUAACGUAGCACCUUUCCCACGGUGUUCUCAGUAUCGCCACGUCGUCUCAUCAUUUUCCUGAUGUAAAAGAAAAGGGAAAAAAGAAAGACUUGCUCUUGUUACACGAAGUCAGCCGCGGUGCUUAAUCCAACCAAUGGUAGUAAUUCCAGAAUGACCAGAACCCACAAACGGUUUUUAUUGAAUUCGACGUGCAGCUAUUAGUUUCAAGUCAAGCUAACUUGGUAUUCUAUUCUCUGGAAGCACACACAACCAAAAUCAAAUGAAUCGCUUCGUAUACUAACUGCUAUGAACGAGUUUGUUGUAUUCACGAAAGCAUUCAAAAUGCUAGAAAAUUCCCAUAGAACUUAAUCAUCAAACCCUUCGUAAAAGUUUUAGUUCGUAGAUUUGGGACGGGCUACGAUAUCUAACGUAACGUACAAAUCAUCAAAGAAGAUGUAUGUUUGAUCGGAUACCGACGAUGAGUUAGCUCAGUUCGCCAACUCAUGCAUUAUACUGCGGGAGCAGAGAGUCUUAUCUAACACAUCUUGCACUCAAACAUUCCUUCAAAUUAGAGCCUCUCAAGUGAUGUAAUGGUUGUAAUGGGUGUUUGAGUCACUGUUGAUUAUGAGUGAAAGCUUAUUUUAGCAUUAGUACGAUACUUCCCUUUUGCAAACCAUCAGAAAGUGAUGAUAAACAGUCAGAGUGACUGGGUGAUUUUUCAAUGUAGAAGUUUCUUUGUGGAAAUAUGGUUCUUGAAAUAUAAAAGGCAAGAUAUAUUCAUAGUUGCCUAAUUUGUACUACUCUAACCAACACGUUGGUAUAUAAUCGUCUAUAGCGAACCCCGAAAGAAAUAUUAAGAACGUGACCAUCAUUUGAGUUCCAUGACCUGAGAAGAAAAAUAAACUAUCGUCCACUGUGUCAGAGGAUCACUUGACACAACGAGGGUAAAGCCCGUAACACGCAGUUUGCGGCUGAAAUAUUUUAGUUCAUACAGCUCUCGACACGGAGCUACACCUGUUCCUGUUGUUUUUCACGAUAUAUGAGCAGGAAACCAAUGAAUCAAUUCUUGACUGGGAUACCCCACGGCCUUUAGGCUGGUUUUGUCCGGAGAAAGAUGUCAACUAUCUAGUGGACCACAGCCGCAGCAAAUCCUCAAAACUAAGAUCAACAAAUGUAUAGGCUCAGAAUUGCGAGAGCACCUUAUUUCUAAAUAGUACUCUACAAUUCAAAGAACCAACAAUUUCAGAAUCAAUUGAUUACCUCAUUUUUACCUUAGUCCUCGAUGCCUGGGAGCAGAAUAGAAACAGAAAAAGCAAAGGGCCGAUCUCCGAACACACACAAACGGAAAAUGUGUCAUUUGAGUUAAUUUGCUCGCAUUCUUGGAGUUACUUGAUUCUUCAAUCUCUAACCUACUCGGAUUCGCGACACACAGGUCCUGAUUUUAUUUAAUGCUAAGUUCCUAGUUUAUGUAAUAAUUGGUUUCCAUAAUUCGUUUUAGUCAGUAAACUCGGAAGCUUUAAAUUUGUGACCAAACGAUUACUCAGAAUACUGAGCCCAUCUGGAUUUGAUUUUUCAAUGCCAAGAUUCUUAUAAAAAAAUGCAUCUUUCAUCGAAAUCGUAAUUUCACCUAAUUUGGGUGGCCCGGUUUUGAAAUUUUGACUAACUUACUAUUUAGUAGUGGAAAAACGCUAUAGCGGAUUUCAUAAAAAAGUAAGGUUGAAAACCACUGUUCUACCUCAGUAGGCUGUGGCAUAUUCUAAACAUGCCAGUUGGAAACAACCGAAAAAUAUUUGUUUUUUUCACUUUUUAUUGCACAGUCAUAUCACUUACUGUGCUUCACUGUGCAAGAAGAACGAAGUACGAAACGAAAUCAACCAAUAACUCAUAAUUAAAGAGAAUCUCAAUAUUCCAAAAAAGGCAUCCACCGGCAAUGGAAAAUAUCAUGUCUGCAUGUGCGAUUCCUGGAAAUUUCGCGGUGAAAUACGGAAUAUAAAUGAAGCUGUCAUCCUUCAUUAGGCCUCCUUUUAUUAUCAUUCGUUAAUCAUACAGGUAUUCGGUUAAACAUAUCGAGUUGAGUAAGAGACGGUACCAUUAUGUAUCUGCCCUUAGCUCCCCAGGGAAGUAGAUUGCUACCUUUUGGCCAUUUAUGAAGGUAAUAAAAAUUUGAUAGUGGUAGUAUACACAUUUGAUCUUUGCGUGUUUAUGUUGCCAAUAACACAAACAAUAAUAGCACAAAGAUUAGCGCGGUUUUCAAACACAAAAAACUCACCUUGCUAAAAGUAACGUUUCUUCCGCCCGAACGGACUUUGGAAUUUUUCCAUUGCUCUCCGCUCAAAUAAUUACGACUGGCUGAACACACAUUCCAAUUAGUGCUUUAGUGAUUGUUUUUUAUUAUGUUUAUCGGCCGUCAUAAUGGUUCGGAUUCUAGUAUGUAUGUAUAACCAGAACAAAUUGUCUCCCAGAAAACAACAGAGCAGGCUUAUCGUUUGUGAGGUCAACGUAUUUCGAAUCGUUCGUGAUGGGUAUUGAUGAUUGAUCGCUAUCUUAUCGCGGCUAUUGCUCUAGCAAGUACCAAUGCAACGAACCACAAGCAGUACACGCGCUGCCCAUGCAACCACUGAGACCUGAACCUACUUUGAUUAAAUUUAGAAAUGUACUACUAUCAAACAGUUCAAAUGGAACUAUCAAUCCAAAUUAAGCUAACUCGCUCCAUCUGCGUUAGAUCUACUCUCAAAGCGCUCCCAGAAAGACUCUCAUGGAACAUAAACAAAUAUUGACUUUAAUAGAACUAUAUAUUUCAAUUGUGCGUUGUCAUCCUCAUCAAUGAAUAACCAAUAUUUUAUAGCACCCAGGCUGAUAAGUGAUAAGGUCAUGAUAAAUACAAUUUUCAUUUGCUGCAUUGUGGUAAACGCCAACAAAGAGAAGAGUACAUACACAAAUAUAGGACAAUCUUUUUUAACAUUUUUUAAAUAAUUACCGAAGUCAACAUUAUUAAUCUUACGCGAUUUUUUCUGGUAGCACAAUCUCUGUUAUUUUCGAUAGGAUCCGUUGUACACAUUAACAGUUGAACAUAAAGUAUUGAAUUGGGUCGAUUGCACUAAACAAAAUUAUUAUGAACUAUAAAAGUGAUGUUAUAAAGGGAAAUAUGUACUAUCAUUGUUGAUAAAUUCCAUGUUCGUACUCCAGCUACAUGUAUUCUCAAUUCUUACCAGAUACCGGCAUUGUCCGCUUAAUUUCAAGCACAAUUCUUAAUCUUUGCUCAAUAUCGAACAGCUACAGCCACAGCAUACCAACGAACAAAAAAUUUAAUUCGCUAUAAAGACGUUUCAUCAGUUUACAAUAGGGUAUUAUUGCAAUUCGAUGUUGCUUUACUUGAAUGGCCGUACAAUAUGGAUAGUGUUCUUGAUCUAAUUAAACAAAUACUACCUUUUAAAUCUAACCUUAAAACACGACCAGUAUCAAUGUAUUCAGUAGUAACAGUGUAGUAUAUAUAAUGCUGAAACAGUUCAAUUUUGAACACAACUUAUUGAAUCGUGUACUUUUUUAGUAAUAUUUAGGAGUAUAAUUAUGGAUGAUAUUGAAACAGAUUUAGUUAGGCUU